UAUUAGGAUUGGGACACCAAAUUAAUUUAGGGAUUGUGAUUGAGAUUGAUUUUAGAGUGUAAUUCGUUAUUCGAAAUUUUGAUAAUUGAUUUUUGGAUACCGAUACCGCGCCGAUUUUCGUCCCUACAUGCGUCAAAUAAUUGUCACAAUUCGUUUCAAUUUGCCACUUCUUCAUCUUAACUCCAUCUUAGAAGACGUUUGGUAAUAUUGGAAGACAAUGAAAUAAUAUAAGUGGUAGGAAAUGGUGGUUGGGAGAGAGGGAGGGUGGAAAGCUUUCCCCUUCUCUCUCCUUUUUUUUUCUCUGUGGCUUCUCUUUUAACAAAAGGCUCACUUCCAGGCAGUUGUGGGGCUGCCCCGGCGCUUCUCCGGCGGCCGGCGGCAGCCCUCCGCACCCAUUUUUCAUUUCGUUUCUUUGUUCUCUCUUCUCUCUAUCUUAGCUGUCGUCUUGCCUUUUAUGGGUAGAUCUGUUUUUUUUUUCCUGUUUCCAGCUUUGUCUUGACUUUUCUGCUCCGAUCAGUGCUUGUUCCUGCCCUCCGUUGGGCCUCCUCCCUCCCCCUGGCGUGGGUCGAGUUUUUUAGCCUCUAAUCUGUCUUCAGAUUUGGAGAUGUUUCGGAUCUAAGAGCAAAGGAGGCUAGAUUUAUUUUAAUCUAGUUGGUUUUCUCCUCUUCCUUCCUGUUGUCUACCUCCUUGCUUCAUCAUGCAGGUCUUGAUGUUUCGGAGAUGUGGCCUUUUUGCUUGGACUCGACUGGAGAGCUAGACCGAAGUUUCUUCCCUCUGGAAUGGUCGCCGGCCGGCCGGUUGUUUGAUGGUGUGCGUUUGGGUUGUGCGUCGCCGCGUUUUCGUCAUCGAUCGGCUCGGGGAGGAUUCGGGGUGGAGGUUCUCUUCGUCCCAUUUCCUUUCUUCCGAGGUCUUGGUGGUGGCGUUGGUGUGCUGGGGGGAGCGGCGGCCAGGAUUUCUGCCAGCGGCGGCGGGGUUCCAGAGGGACAAUGGGGUAGAUAGGGUUUGGGUGGGUUGUAAUUGGGCUUGGGUCUCUCGGCAGGGCCCUAUUGGGUUCUUGUUUUUUGAGUGGGCCUAGUGAUUAUAGCUUGUUUUAACCUUUGAGACCUGAUUGUAACUCCUCCUCCGGGCUAGGCCCAUUUGCUUCUUAAUGAACACAAACCUUUCAAAAAAAAAGAGUGAGGGAGGGUGGAGGAGGCGCUACGGAGUCAAAUGGGCGGCUGUAGGAAAUGAAUUUUGAAUAAUCAU